AUGGAGAUCACCGCGGCCACGCUGCUUCUGCUGCUCCUCGGCCUCUCCUGCCUGGUCGUCUACCUCCGCGGGAAGGGCCAGCGGAAGAGGGGGUGUUUGCCCCCAGGCCCCCGCCCGCUGCCCCUGCUGGGGAACCUGCUGCAGCUCGAUACCAAGGACAUGGCCAAAUCCCUUCUCACGUCUCUGGUGCCCUCCCUUCACUGCUCCGUGCCCCCCGCCCCAGGCAUCGCCCUGAGCAACGGGGAGAAGUGGAAAGUCCUGCGGAGAUUCGCCCUGCAGACGCUGCAGAACUUCGGCAUGGGCAAGCGGAGACUGGAGGAGCGGAUCCAGCAGGAGGCGCAGUGCCUGGGGCAGGAACUCGCCCACACGCAAUCCACGCCCUUCGACCCCACCUUCCUCAUCAGCCAGGCCGUCUCCAACGUCAUCUGCUCCAUCAUCUUCGGCGACCGCUUCGACUACCAGGACGGGAGCUUCCUCACCUUGGUCGGCCUCAUGAACCAGAACUUCCAGCUGCUCAGCUCCCCGUGGGGGCAGAUGUACAACAUCUUCCCCGGCCUCAUGUCCUGCCUGCCGGGGCCUCACAACAGGAUCGUUGAGAACUUCGAGCAGGUGAAGCUCUUUGUGCUGGAGCGGGUGAAGAUGCACCAGGAAUCCUUUGACCUCAACUUCCCCCGUGACUUCAUCGACUACUUCCUCCUCAAGAUGGAGCAGAAAAAACAGGACCCACUGAGCUACUUCCACACGGAAACCCUGGUGAUGACCACGCACAUCCUGUUCUUCGCGGGCACGGAGACCGUCAGCACCACCCUGCGCUACGGCUUCCUGCUCCUCAUGAAGUACCCAGAGAUCCAGG